CAGUAGAUAAGUAGUUUAGUUCAACUUACUAUUCAUCAUCGUACAUCCAAGAAAGCGAAAAUGGAGUUGACUCCGCAAGCAAUCAAAACACAAGAACUAGAUAUACCUCUUCACGCAUUUGGGUUCGAGUUUCAAGAAUUGUCGCCGGAAAAAGUCACCGGACGCCUUCUCGUCACGCCGAUAUGUUGCCAGCCGUUUAAGGUGUUACAUGGCGGAGUAUUGUCAGUGAUAGCGGAGUCAGUAGCAAGUGUUGGGGCCUACAUGGCAGCUGGCCUGAUAAGGGUUGCCGGAAUUCAGCUCGAUAUCAACCAUCUCCAAAGCGCUGACCUCGGUGAUCUUGUCUUUGCUGAGGCCACCCCUGUUUCUGUUGGGAAAUCAAUUCAGGUAUGGGAGGUGAAACUCUGGAAGUUGGACAAUCCUUCGGAUUCUGAGAGCAAGUCAAUGAUAUCUGUGUCACGCGUUACUCUUAUAUCAAACCUGCCCGUGCCAGAACAUUCCAAAGAUGUUGCUAAAAACUUAGCAAAGCUUGCAAAACUAUGAGCCUCCAAUUUGACAGAACUAGAAAGCAUAUCACCACACAAAAGCUCUGCAAUGUAGUCCUCGACAAAUGUAUGUGGAUAUUAUACGUGCAACCUGUUGUUUAGAAUUUGAUGAACAUUUUACGCACAAAAGUACGAGUGCAGAGCAGAUAUAUUGUAGUUAGCCAAUGUACUCCGAAUUUGAUCAAUAAAGUCGCUGUGUUCAAAUUCGAUCUUUA